ACUCACUGUUCCGCUCUCGAAAAACUUCUGAUAAAGAAAGAUGAUACAAAGAGAGUUAUAUGCAUCGAGGGGAACAUUGCAAGUGGGAAAACAACAUGCCUGGAUUAUUUUGCACAAACUACCAGCAUUGAGGUUUUUAAAGAACCCUUGAUGAAGUGGAGGAAUGUUCGUGGUCAUAAUAUCCUGGGUUUAAUGUACCAAGAUGCUUCCAGAUGGGGGAUAACGUUACAGACUUAUGUCCAGCUGACCAUGUUGGAGCAGCACACCAGACCAAUGACUUCUCCAGUCCGAAUGAUGGAGAGAUCAAUUCACAGUGCAAAACACAUCUUUGUGGAAAAUUUGUACAGAAGUGGAAAAAUGCCAGAGGUGGAUUAUGCUGUGCUAAGUGAAUGGUUUGACUGGAUCAAGAACAACAUCGAUGUUUCAGUGGAUCUGAUAGUUUAUCUGCAGACAUCUCCUAAAGUUUGUUAUGAGAGGUUAAAAACACGAUGCAGGGAAGAAGAAAAGAUCAUUCCUCUGGAAUAUUUAGAAGCUAUUCAUGAGCUCUAUGAAGAGUGGCUCAUUAAACGUGCACUGUUGGAAGUUUCCUGCCCAGUGCUUGUUAUUGGAGCUGACCAUGACAUGCAGAAAAUGAUAGAAACGUAUGAAGAAAAACGGGACCAAAUACUAAACCCAACUAAUAGACAACACCAUUUAUAGGAGCCUGUGACUGUUGUACCAAAUACUGUUUAUGAAGUCUGAUUUGGUAUUUUUAAUAUUUAAAUAUAACUAGUUUUGGUUUUGCACUAUGCUUUGUAGAAAGUUGUGGAGUUAUGGCUUUGAAAUGUUCAGGUUCAAGUCAGGAACAGAAUAUAAACCAAUCCCUUUUUGUGUUUUUGGGUUCUCCAUCAGCUUUACUGUGUCAAAUCUCUUCAGCUAAAAUAUGGCUGUUUCCCCCAUUUCCCACUUCACUGCUGCUUCCUAGAAGUAACCUAAGUUUCUUCUUUAUUUUUCCCUAAAGACAACCCUGGUUUUGUAAUUUAAAAUAAAUUAUUUGUUACUACCUGCCUCUGAA